CAGAAACAGCCCUGGGUAGGGGUCAGAGAUCAGUCCCAGCACGGCUGCACCUUGGUUUCCUGUCACAGCUUGAGCUGCUCUUACAGGAUGUGGUCAUGAUAACCCAUCAGAUCAACUCUGUGUUAAAGUUAGAUGGAAAAUUGAUCCGCAUGAAUGGGUUGAUGAACUAUAAUUAUUCACCCAAAACUAAUAUUAGCUCAUAAAGAAACAAACACACAUCAAUAAUCAUUGUUUUAGUUAUUUUUCACAUUAAAACACCUUUAAAUGUAAUUUGGAGCAUCACAGAUCUAAAUGCUGCAUAUUUGUUCUUUCCACAUGAGUUGAAAAAGAAUCUGUUGUUUUCCUAAGCAUCCGUCACAUUAGGAUGGUUUUAUGAUCGGUCUUAAAGCUCAUAUUCUUUGUUUCCUGUUUGCUUUUCUUUAGACUCAUUGAGGCAGCAUUAAUGUGAUCAGUAAGAACAACAAUCUCUCCAGCUAGUUCUCCCCCAGGCCAGGGAACUCUGAAAAGUACAACUACUGCCUUGUGAAAGGCUCAAAUGGAGGAUGAUUGCCUUGUGAACAGUGACUGGUACACAAAACCUCAUCAUUUAAAACUUCUGGCAUUUUUUUGCAGUCAUAAACAAAAUGUGCUGCCGUUGGUCCUGAAUCAUGUUCUCUUCUGGUAAUAAACACAUGUGAUGAGUAGGGACAGAACGUCUGUACCCGCUUUGCUUCCUCGCCACAAGUUGUUUUAAAGAGGAAACUGCGACUCUUGAUUCCUGUUCCUCCCCUCAAACGCCUGUCCACCAUGCAAGGGAGUGUGCGUAUGAUGCUCCUGUGCUUGAUGGAGGGAAGGAGGGCAAGGGAGCAGGGAGGAGUUCAGAUGGACAGAAGGAGGGGGAGACAGAUGAGAGCUCAAGGGUUUUCCCCUGACACACACACUUAAAAAAAAAAAGUUUGUCCUCAUUUAGCUGCAGGCGGGCUCUUUUCCUCUUUACUGUGCUGGAAUUAGACUGAGGAUUAGAGACAGGGAGGCUGGCAGACAACCGGAUCGGGACUGGUAUUCCCAAACACCAUACGGGGCUACACGAAACUGGUUGUUCUUGAUGAAAACUUUUUCUUUUUGAUGGACUCUGGAGCUGGAAACCGCUGUGUGAAUGCCAUCUAGGUGAAUAUUUUCUUCUGCACCGGUUGUCCUUUAACCUCUGAGACCUGUGGUGAAGCUCAGCAGACACAAGCCUCCUCUGUGCCGGAUGACCUGAGCCCAGAAGAGCGACAGGAGCUGGAGAGCAUCCGCCGCCGCAAACAAGAGCUCCUGCAGGACAUCCAAAGGCUGAAGGAUGAGAUAGCAGAAGUGACCAGUGAGAUUGAAAACCUGGGCCUGACUGAAGAGAGGAAAAGUAUGCAGAGGAAUAAACAGAUGGCCAUUGGCCGAAAGAAGUUCAACAUGGACUCUGUGAAGGGCAUUUGCUUCCUGAUUGAGAGCUCCCUCCUAAAAAACACCAGCGAAGACAUCGCUCAGUUUCUCUACAAGGGGGAGGGGCUUAAUAAAACAGCCAUUGGCAAUUAUCUGGGAGAAAGAGAUGAGUUUAACAUCAAAGUUCUGUAUGCCUUUCUGGACUUGCACGAGUUCACGGACCUGAACCUGGUUCAGGCUCUCAGGCAGUUCCUGUGGAGCUUCAGGCUGCCUGGAGAGGCCCAGAAGAUUGACCGCAUGAUGGAGGCGUUCGCCCAGAGAUACUGUCACUGCAACCCAGGAGUGUUUCAGAGCACAGAUACGUGUUACGUGUUGUCGUUUGCUGUGAUCAUGUUGAACACGAGUCUACACAACCCCAACGUGAAGGACAAGCCUUCGGUCCAGAGGUUCACCGCCAUGAACAAAGGCAUCAAUGAUGGAGGAGAUCUGCCCGAGGAUCUCCUCAGGAAUCUGUAUGACAGCAUCAAGAACGAACCCUUUAAGAUCCCAGAGGAUGAUGGGAACGAUCUCACACACACCUUCUUCAACCCCGACAAAGAAGGCUGGCUGCUAAAACUCGGAGGUGGGCGAGUGAAGACCUGGAAGAGACGCUGGUUCAUUCUCACAGAUAACUGCCUGUACUACUUUGAAUACACUACAGAUAAAGAACCCAGGGGGAUUAUUCCUCUGGAAAAUCUGAGUAUAAAAGAAGUGGAAGACUCAAAGAAACCAAACUGCUUUGAGCUUUUCAUUGCCAACAACAAAGAUCAGGUGAUCAAGGCCUGUAAGACUGAGGCAGACGGGCGGGUCGUCGAGGGCAACCACACAGUUUACAGAAUCUCUGCCCCAACCACAGAGAAGAAGGAUGAAUGGAUCAACAGCAUCAAGGCUGCCAUCAGCAAAGACCCAUUUUAUGAGAUGCUGGCAGCUCGGAAGAAGAAGAUCUCCAGUGUGAGAGGUUCGUAGAGCUGUAAGGAGACCGGAGCGGAGCUGGACCUGAUGUUCCCACAGCAGUGACUCUCAGACCUGCUCCCCCUUUGUUUCUAUCUGAAUGGACUUACUCCCUAUUCACAGGCUUGACCUCAUAUUCACGCAGGAGAAGUUGGUAUUUGUAAUUUUCCCCAUCAUGUGAGUGUAUGAGGGCCUGACCUGAGCAGCACAUGGACUCUACCCUCUGGUUCAGACUCCCACACAUCUGAAAAUCGGCUGUAAUCGCUGUUGAAAUGAGUCAUAUUGACCCAAGAGCCUUUUCACACUCAGCAGCUGCUCUGCGGCAACUCAACAGGAAGAAAAAUGGCAGUAAAGCUCAGAACAUAAAAGAAACCCAUCACGACAAAACACUGAACAGAACAAUCACAAACUGUCCACUCAGAUUUAUAAAGCUGGACCUGAUCAGGUGAUAAUACUCUGUAACAAGCCUGUUUUCUCACUGCUGUUCUGUUGUCAGUACACUGUUUAAACCAAUGAAACCGCUAAAUAUUUAUUAUCCAGAUUUCUUGUAAUUUAUCCUUUUUGUCAUUAAAAUACAAAUUCUUGUUUCAAA